ACGUUGGUUUGCCAAUCCGCCAAAAAACUCGAGAGAAGAAGAAGAAGAAGAAGAAGAAGUCUUCCCGACGGUCACUAUCACCUCGUCCUCGCCGGUUACCACUUAUUAAUAAAAUGUAUUACAAAUUUAGUGGAUUUACACAAAGACUGACGGGAGCCGUGUCAUCCUCCGCCUACAGCCCGCAGGGAUUGAGGUCAAAUGUACCUUCUGAAUCCCCUACCAUCAUCUUUACCACCCCAACUAAACUGGUGUCUGAAUCGAGUGCUGCAGUGGAGUAUAUGGGCGGCAACAAGGUGCCAGACCUCCAGAGGAUAUUUCAGGCAUCAGAUGAGAUUCCUGUUCAUCUGAAGCGUGGUGUUCCAGACAGACUCUUGUACAGGACCACCAUGGCACUGACAGUCGGGGGAGCUCUCUACUGUCUUGUAGCUCUUUAUAUAGCAGCACAGCCCAAAAACAAAUGAACUGUACCCAGCCUAUUUUCAUUGACUCACAUCGUCAGCAUUGAAAUAACAUUUGCGAUAUGUAACCUUCUGGUAUUUAUUAUGAACAUUAGCAAUAUGCCUCUCAGCAUUAAUCACCAUGAACAGACACUCUGUCCUGACAAAGCUUUUGCUACACAAUGCUGUUUUUACUUGUGUCCUGUAUCAGCUCUGUCCUUACAGAUGGGAUGCUGUUAGUUAGAACAGUGGUUCUCAAUCUUUGUCAUUUCAAGGCCCCAAAAGUCAAUAUUUGAUGGCCCCCCCUUACACAUACAUUUGUCAUCUUGUUCUUCUGCUGAAAUGACAACAAAAACAUGCUUGUUUUUAAUCCUUUUUAUUUAAAGAAACUAGGGUGAUAAUUAUUACUUUCAGGGUAAUUACUUUCUAGAACAUACUCCUAAAAAUAAAGGUUCCAACAGGGGGUUUUCACAUCAAUACCAUAGAAAAGCCAUUUUUGGUUCCCAAAAGAACAAUUAAGUGAACAGUUCUUAAAAGAAUAAUUUUUUUCUUAGUGGGAAGAAUAUGUUUUCACUUGAAAGAACCUUUAGUGCAAUGUAAAGGUUCCAUGAAUGUUAAAGUUUCUUCACGGAACCUCUGAUGCCAAUAAAUGAGCCUUUAUUUUUAAAAGUAUAAUAAACACAAUGCAAAAAAAAAAAGUUAUUUAAUGUUAUAUAAUAUUAAUAACUUUGCUAAAGAAUACAUUCAAAUAGUUAAAUUAAACUGCUUAUGUUAAAUAUUUUGAGACAUUUUGGAGCUUACUGAGACCCCCUGUUUGAGAACCACUGUAGGGUUCAAGACCUAUAGCCCUAACGGACAAUAAACCCUUCACUCUCAACCCCGUUUAUUCCUCAUCAGCACAGGAUGGUCUAAACCUGUGUGAUGGCUGACAGAUUGUGGUAAUCAUGUUUUGAUGAUACGGUGGGACCUCACACUUUUCAGUAGUGUUGAUUGGUCUAAUGUGUUACACACUCUGGCAUGUUAAAUAUGCCUCUGUGAAGCACACAAGGAGUACGAGAAAUCUAUAGGAAGUACUUUAAUGCUUGUAGAAGAUGUGCAGAAUAUUCUGUAAAUGUGGAACUGUAUUGAAGAGAAUCAUGGGUGAGGUGAAUGCAUUUGAUGCCAUGCACAUUUCUGCCACUGAAUGCAAUAAUACCAUAUUUAAGGUCACACCUUUCCACAGUUUUGGAUAUAUUUAAUACACUUCAGGACGUGAAAUGCUGCUGUGCCUCUCAUGCACCACUUUCCCAAGCAAUGUAUGUGUAAAGUGAAGCAAAAACUGUUUGUUUGUGAAAUAGACAUUCAUUUAAUUUAUGUUUUGGCCCUCUGAGAUGUACAUAUUUAAUUUAAAAGAACUUGGAACCAAAUUAAAAAUCAUGACCCUUUGACAUCUGUACUUCUUUAGUUUGCCUCAUUUUUGAAGUAUGACAUUCAGUAUGGUAUUUUACAUCUAAAAAUGCACUCACCCUCAGGCCAUCUAAGAUGUAGAAGAGUUUGUUUCUUCAUCUGAACAGAUUUUGAGAAAUUUAGCAUUGCAUCACUUACCAAUGAAUCCUCUGUAGCAAAUGGGUCCAAACAGCUGAUGUAAACUUUAAAAUAAUUCACAAGACUCCAUUGCAUUAGUUAAUGUUUUGUGAAGUGAAAGGCCAUGUGUUUGUAAGAAGCAAACCCAUCAAGAUAUUUUUACUCAAAAACCAAAGACUCCAUAAUAAUGCUUCCUCCAGUGAAAGUCCAUUCGUUCUUGUCUUCUCA